CUCGCCACAGAACAAAAGAAAAGUGCAUCUGCAGAACCCAAACUCUCUCUCCCUGUCUCUCUCUCUUCAAAAAGUCCAUACUCCAUACCCCAAAAAAGAAUCCCAUUCAAGAUGCACUCAAUUUAGCAUCACCAGAAAAGAAGCUAUUCAAAAGGACAAUUCUUUUUCAUUUAUGAUUUAAACCAAAAUAUUACUACUAUUCCUUUUUUACAAACCCAACCAAAAAAAUUAAGAAGAUAAUCAAUACCCAUUACAUUUCCCUUUUUCCUUUUCUUUUACUACCUGUUCAACAAAUCACAAAAAAUAAAAAUCCACUCCACCAAACAUGAAAUCUGCUGAUAGGGCCACUUUUUUUCUCCUGUUUCUCUUCUUUUCAGCUUAUGUCUUCAAUUACAAUGAAGCUACAACCAUGGCCCAAGUAAGUGGGUCUUCAGAAAUGGUUCCAUUCGCGGAAGAAAAGAUGGUGAAGAUGAUGAUGUUUAAUGAAAAAAGAAGAAAGUUGGGUAGUUUCCAGAUAUGUGCUGUCUGUACAUGCUGUGGUGGAGCUAAAGGUGUUUGCUUGCCAUCUCCUUGUUGCUAUGCAAUCAAUUGCAACAUUCCAAACAGACCUUUUGGUUUUUGCUCUUUCACUCCCAAGACCUGUAAUUGCUUCGGAUGCCAUCUCUAGUUUAAAGUUUUAUUUUAUCUAUAUUUGAUAAUUUUGGUUUGUUUUAAUUCUGGAGUAAAAAAAGUCUUGAUUCUGUUGGGAGUGUGAAAGGGGAGGAAAAGAAUAUCUGUUUGCUUCAUUUGUUUGAUUAUAAAUUUUAUAGGGGGGUUGUUGUUUCCAGGUUAGUUUUUUUGGCUCUCCGGUGGUAUUUGUCUAUAAUUUUUGUUUUUCAAGGAAGUAGCAUUGCGUGGAAAUAGAUAUGCUAAGCAUUAGAGCAAAAGAAAUGGAUAAUUAAGUAAACAUUGCCCUUGUUUAUGAAGCUACUGGUCUUCUAAUAAUGUCAUUUUCCUUUUUUUUAGGAUAUAAAUUAAUGUUAGUGUCAGUAGGUUGGAAGUGUUACUCAUGAGAAAGAUUCAAGAUGUCUGUUAUUUUACUAUUAUUUUGUUUGCCUUUUUAAUUUAUAUGCUUAAUGUAUUACUGGGGUUUUAUGCAGAACGCAACUUAGAACAAUGUAAGAGACUCUUAUUUUAAUAUCAAUUUGUUUUUGGACAGUGUUUGUUUAUCUUAA